AUGCCCAGCCCGGUGGGAGGGAGAGGAGAGAGGAGAGAGGAUGUAAGAAGACGAGGAGAGGCAGAGUGAAGAGUUGAGAUGUCUGUGAGCUGAAGCGGACCGUGAAAAACACCGACGAGGAUCUGUCCAUUUCACAGAAUCACGUCUGCUUCCACCUGACGUGAAACAGCCCCCCCACCCCCUCCUCCUCCUCUCCUGCCUUUCACACGACACACACACACACACACUCACUCACACACAUACACACACACUCACACACACACACACGCACACACACACACACACACACACGGAUCUGGGGGGAAGCGGAUAAAUGUGGACCGCAGUGUCUCAUUUGCAGCAUUUUAUCAUCUCUGGGAGACAAACGCCGCUGCUGCAGAGAUAACAUCACAUAUUCUGGUAUGAAGAAUAGGGAGCUGUUGCAGGUGUCCCACGGGCAUGUUUGUCCUCUGGCCGUUCAGCCUGUGUGUCUCUGCUCUGCACACAGACGCUCUGGGAGGGAGAAGAAAGACCGUCUAAAAAUAAACUGACACGCACCACCAGCAGAAAUACAAACCAACAAAAAAAAGAAGAGGGCAAAGUCGAGCUUCCCUUUGUUUUUAUCUCUUUCAACCUGUCUGACACUCUCUGUCUCUUUUCGCUCCAUUUCUGUGUCUCUGUCCUUGUUUCAGCCUGAGAGGAAGUCAUGUCCCAGUCUGGAAAAGUCCUUCAUUUGUAUGUGGAAGUGAGGUCUGUCCCAGAUCAGAGCGGAGGGAAGGAAGGGAUUGCUGAGGGGCAUUCGGUUCAGGACAGUCAAGCGGAGCUCCUGUCCCAGCUUGCGAGUCAGACCAAGGCCUCCGCAGCUCACCGUCUGGUUCAGGACUGCAGACCCAACCAGUCUCCUUCUAGAAACUUUCAGCUCCAGCAAGCCAGCAGCUCCCCUACAGUCACCAAGCGUUGGAGCGCACCAUGUGAUGGAGCGUCUGCCUUCCACUCUUCACAAAUGAUGCCCUCUUCUGGAAAGGUCGGCAUCCCUCACACACCUCCCCACUGCCGGAGGUUAAACGAGGAAGAGGUCAGCGAUGGUACACGCUCUGUCGUCACCUUCAGUUACAUUGAGAAGUCCAAUGUGAAAACCGUGGAAAGUCCACGCAACUCUGCGUGCGAGAGAGGCACCAGAGAGGAAAGAUCCACCCCUUCUCACUUCCGUAAAAGGUUCAGCGACCCAGUUUGGUUUGGGAGUCCCGAUUCAUCGUGCAGCUCCAGUCCCAAGCUGACUUUCCGAUCUCCAGGAAGUCACCAGCAGGCGUUCUCUCCCGGCCUACGCCAACCAGCCUUGGACCCCAUCGGAAGGGCAGCUACCCAGAGGGCUGUGGAGGAGUUUGGCUCCCCUCUGUUGAGGAUUAAACUAGCCCACGCACUUGAGCAAUCCUCAUCCUCACACUUCAACCAACAGCCACGCUGUCAGUCCUGGGCUGGGUCUCCUGUUCAGCGUCAGAACAUCAGCGUAAACCUAAAAGACCACUUUACAGAUAGGAGCCAUGCUGUUUGUGGGCUGCCUCGGAGCCCGGCGUCAGACCAGCUAUCCUCCCAGUCCAGGCAGUCUCCUCACGCGAUGCCGAAAUCCUGUGUUGAGUCCCAGAGUCCUCUUCACUGGUCAGCAGAGGAAAGGGCUGUGGCAGGAAGUCCAUCCACUAAAAGAAAUGUUCACCGGUCUUGCAACAUGAGCACUUCACCGCAGGGAGCAAUCCUCCAAUUUGGCAAUAAUGUAGUUGAGGGCUUGAAUCAAUUAAGUGACAGUAAAUCCUCUUCUCCAGCUCAUAGCCCUGAAGUCGCCUGCAGGCUAGCAGAGGAGGCUACCAAAGUAUCUUCUAUUUUCACAGAGACACGAAGGUCCUCAUUGCACAAUGCUUUAGGUGAGCCCGCUGGAGAAGUUCACCAUUCAGCUCCAAAUGCACAACAGUCUAAGCAAACGCUUAAGAUGAACAUCCCUUUAAACGACCAACACACGCCAGCAACUGACAACACAGACUCUCACCAGCCUGAAAACUCUCUCUCUCACUCAAUCUUGCAGUCACAUGAAACAAACUCCAGUACUAAUUAUCAAACACACCAGGAGGACAUCAUUCAGAAGUCCCAGCAUCAGAGCUCAAUUUUGAGUUCCCCCGCCAUACCUUCGCGUGUUUUCCGUCCCUCCCAUCCUCCCACUGAGUUCAGCUCUCCCAUGAAGGACCCCAGGCUAUUCCAGCCAGAGCUCCGAGCACCAGAGACCCCCACCCUGCAUCGCCGGCAGCUUCCGCGGUACACCAGAGACUCCUGGUCCCCGAGCCUGGACAAGAGAGGAGACCUGAGCUGUUUCGAGAGAGGAGACUGCACUGAGCUUGCUCGCAGGCUCUUCAUCAAUCAGAGUGUUGAGGAGGCACCAGUUAGCUGGACAUCCAGGCAGCAGUGGGGGAAUCAGGUGGAGAACAGCCCGAGGCCGAGCCCUGGGGAUGGAUUUGGGUGCGUCAAUGACCAAACUCCUAAUCGUCAAUCCAGUCACUGUCGAAGGCCGCUCAGUCCCACAGCCCAGCAAAAACGAGCGGAGCAGAGGAGGAGAGAGAUUUUGCUUUUGGGACCGGUGGUGCUGGACUCUCCAGAGGAGGACGAGGGUUGUGAUGAGGAAGGACAGGACAAUGAGAUGGAGGGAUUUGGAGCAGAGCAGCAGAGGGUAGAAGAGCCUCCAGAGGCAGAGCAGAACGGAGCGAUGGGAGGUUCGUCCUCCCGGAGCUCCAGUGGGGUGACGGGCAGCUUGGGGGACAGAGACUGUGUUUCCCCCGAGUCCAGUCAGUCCAGUCACCAGAGCAACGAGACCGGGGCCGCCACCUCAGGAAUACAGACGGACAGUGGCUGUGCACUGCCUGUACCCUCGCUUCAUUGUCAGAGGAUCGCUCGUGCCAAGUGGGAGUUUUUAUUUGGGACCCCUGCUGAGGAGGCUGCUAGCAGGGGAGAGAAAAAUUCUCUCGAAACCUCUACAGCCCCUCCUAGCGGUAACUCCAGCGAGUCUCCCACACCGACUCCCCCGUCCUCCCUCCCUCUGCUUUCUGCCAAUCACAACGUGCAGCAUGUGGAGGUAGAACUUCUGACCCCUCCUCCAGCUGUUAUCGGGACGUCGCCAAAAACCGGCAUCAUUCGCCGCACCUUAAAGUAUUCAGAAACCGACCUGGACGCAGUUCCGCUUCGCUGCUACAGAGAGACGGACAUAGACGAGGUGCUGCAGGCUGAGCAGGACGAUGCCGACUCUGCGUUUGGGAGUAACCGCAGCGUGCAGGGCACCUCGGGCACAGGCAGCAGCCCACUGGGGGGUCUGGGUUAUGGGAGGACAGAUGGGGAGGAUGUAGAGGAGAGAAGGGGAGGGGGGGAGGAGGAGGAAGAUGAGGAGGAGGAGGAAGAGGAAGAAAUGGUGAGCUGGGCCAGUGUGAGGAUGCAAGGAGACAACAGGAAGCAGCAGCAUGCAGCUCAGGUGGAGCCAGAUAUGUUUGGUCACCUUCUGAAGAGACCAAUGGCAACAUUUUUUGACAACCACCACCCGGCCCUGAAAUCCCCCAUCUUGGUCUCCGGUCCUCGAUGUGCUGCAGAGGACACCUUCAGCCGCCACUUUGAGAGCAUCAUGGAGUCUCACCGAGCCAAAGGCACAUCGUACAAUAGCCUGGACAGCGAGGAGCUGCUGACGUCGAGCACCCAAACCGUCCUGACCUUUGACCUGCCCACACUAACCCCUGCCAUCCACGGUCCGGUCUGCCAGAGCGCCCGGCAGAUCGUCCAGCUUAGCUUCGCCCCGCUGGCACACGAUGAGAGGCCCAGUAUCUCUGAUUCUAUCUUUACCAUGACCGGGGACUCGGACGCCACCAGAGCCCCCUCCAGCGAGAGGCUGAGCAGCGGUUCGGACGACACGCCACCCAAAGGACGAGGGUGUUCACAGCUGGGGAGCAGCUGGUACAGCAACCCUUCUUUCUCAUUACCAAGCAGGGACAAGGCCCGCCUGGCGACAGAUUCGGAACUGGACCAGGACCUCAGUGACCGGCUGGGUCUGGGCAGCAGUGACACUCUCACCAACGGCAGCCACCGUGCCGACGUGGCAGCCGCCAGACGCUUGGCCAAACGUCUCUUCAACUUGGACGGCUUCAGGAAGUCCGAUGUGGCGCGCCACCUCAGCAAGAAUAAUGACUUCAGUCGUAUGGUAGCAGAAGAGUAUCUGAGUUUCUUCAACUUCACGGGCCUCGCUCUUGACCAGGCAUUGCGGACUUUCCUGCGGCAGUUUGCCCUGAUGGGGGAGACUCAGGAGAGGGAGCGGGUGCUGUCACACUUUUCUAAGCGUUACUUGGACUGCAACCCAAAAGUCAUACCAUCAGAGGAUGCAGUUCACACUCUCACCUGCGCCCUAAUGCUGCUGAACACUGAUCUACAUGGUCAGAACAUCGGUAAGAGGAUGUCGUGCACGCAGUUCAUCGGCAACCUGGAAGGACUGAACGUCGGCCAAGAUUUUCCCAAGGAUCUGCUCAAAGCUCUCUAUAACUCAAUCAAGAAUCAGAAGCUGCAAUGGACACUCGACGAAGAAGAGCUGCGGAAGUCCUUUUCGGAGCUCGGGGACAGCCUGUGUGACUCCACCGCCUCCAGAUCGGUGAAGGCGGAGGGCAGCAGUGGGAAGCCCCUGACAGAUGAGACGCAGCCCUCCGGGUCACUGCUGUACAAGAACGGAUUCCUCGUCCGCAAAGUCCACGCAGACUCAGACGGCAAGAGAACACCAAGAGGGAAGAGAGGCUGGAAGACCUUCUAUACCAUCCUAAAAGGGCUAAUUCUCUAUCUGCAAAAGGGGGAGUACAGGCCAGAUAAACAGCUAUCAGAGGAGGACCUGAAGAACGCCGUGUCCAUCCACCACUCUCUGGCCAUGAAAGCUUCAGACUACAGCAAGAGGCCCAACGUCUUUUACCUGCGCACUGCUGACUGGAGGGUGUAUCUCUUCCAGGCACCUAACGCAGAGCAGAUGCAGUCUUGGAUCACAAGGAUCAACACGGUGGCCACCAUGUUCUCAGCUCCUCCUUUCCCAGCAGCCAUCGGCUCCCAGAAGAAGUUCAGCCGGCCGCUGCUGCCGGGGACAAUGUCAAAGCUGUCUGAGGAGGAGCAGGUCAGAUCCCACGAAUCUCGAUUCAGAGCCCUCUCCACUGAACUAACUGAGCUGCGCUCCUACCCUCCCGACCGCAAGGUCAAAGGGCGCGAGCUGGAAGAGUACCGGCAGCGAGACGAGUAUCUGGAGUUUGAGAAAACACGGUACGGGACUUACGUCAUGCUGCUGCGAGCUAAAAUCCGGAGCGGCGAGGAGGACCUGUCUGUGUUCGAGUCCCAGCUGCUGGAGGACAACGGGCUGCAGAGGGCUCACUCCAGCCCCACGCUGCAGGACAGCAGCCAGGCCAGCCAGAUCAGCCAGGCCAGCAGCACCAGGGACGGGGGCAACAGCAGCAAAGCCAGCGGCUGCAGCGGCAAGCUUCGACAGGAAGGCCAGAGACACAGCUACCGGCAGGCCGUCAAGAAGUGAGACGUGGCGGGGGUGCCGGGAGCGGCACAGCGUUGCACUGCCAGCGGCAGGCUGUCUCCCUGCAUAGGUUUUUAUUUGAGAUCCAGGAGGGUUUGGAGCUCUGCUUGAAGGGGGAGUAGGAGUGAGGGGUCUGCCCCACGCCCUCCCCUAAACCAUGACGCCCUACCCGGCACCCCAAUCUUCUCAUGGAAUAGAGGAGGUGCAGAUCCUGUGACUGGCAGAGUGGCUGAGAAACACCAGCGGGGAUGUUGGUGUAGGAGGUGGGAGGAGCGGCUGGGAGGUCACACAUCUGCAGAAACGUACGAGGUCGUACGCUGGGUGCGGCGGCAGACUGAACUGUGCAGCGAGAUAAAGAGAAGUGCUUACAGAUGGAACACACAGGGACGUACAUCCAGCAUCCUCUUCUUUUCUCCUCUUUUCUUCUUUGAAGGCACCUCUCCGGCCACGUUUCUCCCACCUUUUUUCUUGACCUUUCACUCAGUUUUGGGACCAAACUAUUUAAAACAUCACAUUUUAGACGACUGAUGACGACUUGACUUUCAGUUGAAUUGCUACCGCCACUCUGAUUUGAGGCGCAGUAACAGUCACUGGACUUUUAAAACAUCACCAGGUCUUAUGGAGCCAUUUACAUUCCAGCUCCUUGUUUUUGCCAUAUCACCGCGGUGUGUUCACAUUCCACACACGGGCUGGACAUUACAGCUCUUAGCUUCUAUUUCACUGAAGGUGGAUCUACAGACUGUGCACAACACAUAAUAAUGAUGUGUUGAGGGGGAUGAGACGGUGCAGCUCCGCUUUCCUCUCGUCACUGACGGUUAAUUAGAGGCGACAACGUCAGUAGAACUUCACUCCUGAUAUGCAGGAACUGCAUCUCAUCGAGAGAAGUCUUCUUUUUUUUGCUCUACCUGAACAGGAGAUCUCUUUCCCAGUUGCUUUGGCUUCUGUCCGUGGUGUGCUUCUGUUCUCUUUGUAUUUCUUGGCCGAAUGUUGUUUUCCCCAGUGAUCCGCAUGCCUGCAUCCAGCACUGCUUCUUUUAGGCCUUUUACUACUUUAAGGGCAAAACUGAGAGCAGCAAAAGUUGUUCUCUGGGGUUAUUUAAGUCCUUUUCUUCAUACCCAACAUGUGUAAUCUCCGUAUAGCCUCUCAUUUAUAAACCCUAUUUUAACACUCACCAGGCAGACCCUGAAUGUUCUUGUUUUUUCAAUAUUUUUACAGUAUUUUACAGUCGUUUGUUGAUGUUGAACCUAUUCCUCCUGUGUAUGUCAAGUGUAUGAUGAAAUAUGAUAUUGAAAAUGUAAAAGGAAAAUAUGUUAUCCAUACUCUUUGUAAAACACCCAGGAUGUGUUGUAUAUAUAACAGCUUAUAUUGUAGGAUAUAUGACGGUAUAUUUACAAUAUAUUCAAACACACUAUUGGGAAGAUGCAUUGAAGGUGCACUGCACUUAAAGUUUCAUCUUCUAAGUCCCAAAAGCGCUACACGAUAAUCAUGUGUUGUAGUUUUUUUUCUUACAUGGUGGUAAUAAUUCAGCACAAUAUGAGUAUUAUAGUGACGCCUAUGUACCUAUCAAAGAUUAGUAAGUGAUCAAAGGAUGUUUGUGACGGGAAUACACAAAAAGAGCUCAUUUGUGUGAGGAUUUCAGAUGCCGUGGGCAGUAGUCCAAAGACAGCGCAUGGUUGGCUAUGACAUAAUAGCAUGAUUUUAAAGGGAUCAGGGUUGUUGUCAGAGAUGCAUGAAAUAGGUGGAGAAUGUAAAAAAAAACAAAAAAAGAAGGAAGGAGCUCCUCAUUUAGGAGGGUGUGGGCAGCCUAUAAUGUUGCGGUAGCCAUAAACGCCUCAUAGCAUUAUAGCCAUUUUCUACUCAGGCUUUAAAAUGACACCUUGAGCAGCUGCAGUGCCGGCGUCCAACCAGCAGGGAGAGCUGUUCACGUUUUUUCAGCCAUAAUCACACCUGCUGCACCUGCGGUGAAUAUGCAUGACAUCACCCACUCACCUGGUGGGUGCGGGUGGGUAUUGCAGGGCUAAAUGACACAACACCUGUUUGUAUUAACUGUGGAGUCUGUUGAGUGUUUGAGUGCGUCUUGCUGUAUGUGGAUGUUCAUGUGUGCAUGCUGGAGGCUGUUUGUAGAGAACUUUCCAGCCAGUUGUCACGUCGUCUGACGCUUCUUCCAUCCAGCAUCAGUUCCCAUGUUGUUUACUGUAAAUGUGAAUUUGUUUUUGGAACACAUGAUUUAUUAUUCAGGCUUAAGCAUAGCUAAGUGUUUGACUCUAAUCACGCUCUGCAGUUUUAGCGCCUAAAACAAUUAGUCAAUCGACGGAAAGUUAAUCAGAAACUCUUUUCAUUUAAGUCGUUUCUCAAAAAUUGCCAAACGUUCAACACUUCCAGCUUCUAUUUAAUUAUUUUCCUCGUCUUAUGUGACAGUAGGGGUCCUGAUAACGCCCCACACACACAGGAGUAUAAAUUAUUUAGAAAAAGUAAAUUUAAUUAUAAUGUUUUUUUAUAGAUAUCGUAAAUAUAUCGUUAUUGUGAAUUCUCUUGUCCACGAUAAUCGUAUAGAGAAAAUGUGAUAUCGUGACAGCCCUGUAUCUGACAGUAAAACUGAGUGUCUUUGGAGUUUGGACAAACAAAGCCAUUCAGAGGACAUUAUAUUUACUUCCCGACAUUUUGUCGUCCAAACAAUUAAUCGAAAAUAAAAAGAAUCAUUAGUUUGAGCCCUACUACAGUUUAUUUUCAUCUACAUCUAAUCCUCUGCUUUUCAGUCGGGUGGUUUAAAAAAAAAAAAAGGUGUUUGUAGAUAUUGUUGCCAUAGCUGACAUUUUGUACCUUUCACCAGUUAUGUAACGUGGCAUUACAGCUCUGUAUUUAUUAAUAGUGUUUGACUCUGCUGUUUAUAAUGUGGCCAAACUUUCAAAGAGCAGCCAGACUCAUGUUGAGUGCCAUUCAUGGUGUACUGAGGGGAAGGAUGAGGAGUUUUGAUUCAUACAGUUACAUCACAUAAAUACGAGUGUAUCAUACAUUUGAAGGCACUUCACAUUUUAUCCUGGAUCAUUUAUUUUAGUUUCACACUUCAAUAUCUAUCCUUUACGUUUAUUUCUGACUGAAAAUACCCUUUUUGUGUACACCAUAAUCAUUUGAUUUUACACUAACUGUACCAUUUAUAACAAGUAACACAUCAUUAAGCACAAAUAUACAUCAUAUACAAAUAUAUCUGACAAAAGCAGUCUCACCACAAGGUCCAGCCAGCACUGUUCAGGAGCUCUCCAUCCUUUUACACGAUGUUCAUCAGCACCUUCGUUCCGCUUUCUAUGAAAAUGUUGGCAUUCAAAUUUCCUUUUUUAUUUAAAUUAAAUCUAUUUGGAUUUUUGGAGUGUUGGAGACAAAACAUGUCGCCUUUGGCUGUCAGAUUAACUGCGAAAAUCUGCAGAUUAAGGGGAGACACUACAGGUGAAUAGGGUAAAAAUGGAACUAACACACCAGAUAUCACUGUGAAACUUUGCCAGUUGAUUACUUACAUUAAGACAAUUAUUAAGUCUCUUCAAAUGUUAUGCUUAAAUAUGCAAAUGAGUCAUUAUCCAAUGUUAACUAUAAAUCUACAGAUGCAAAUAGUUGUAAGAUAAACAUGUGUAUUUUGGAUGUUUUCUUUCCAACAAGACAUGUUAUGUAAGCAAAAUAUCCCCAAAUCUCAACAAACAAUUGGCCUGUAGAGUCUCCUUAAUCGAUAAUAAAAUAUAAUCACAAAGAUCAUUCUUGGGAUUUUGGAUCAUUCAACUGAAUAUAUGUAUAUAUUCAAAGGCAUAUAUUGUAGUGGAAAGUUAUUAUUUUGACCCAAUACGUAAUUGGAGACUGAGAUCAAAAACAGAUCUCGUCGUUAUGAUUCUAUUCUAGGAUCAGGCUGUAUAUGCUCCAUACAGUAUGGAUGGAUGUAGUAUGAAAGGAGCCUCCACCUUCACAACUCUCCAAGGUCCUCCUCCCCUCUCCUCCCCCUCUCCUCCCUCCAUGUGUUGUCACCGCUCACUUACAUCAAAGAGCAGCUGCAGGAUCUCCAUGGCACUGGUUAGCAUGGAGAUGGCUGGUUCCCCUGGUGACGGCUCUGUGAUGCUCAAGUGAAAGUCACCCUGUUGUACUGCGUUCACAGCGGUACAGUACCUCCGUUAAAGCAGCAGUGCAUGCCUGCAGCAGUUUCGGGCGAGCCGUCCUUUAAAAGCAGUCAUUUCUGCCCAUGAACGCCUCAUUUCUGAAUGUGACAUGUAAAUAAAGCAUGAGAUGUUAUGGCCUGCUUUCAUUUUAAUUAUGGUUAGAGUAUUAAAUGAAGGGUUAAUAUUUAAGAUAGGUCAAUGUUUUUUUUCCUGUCCUUGAGCUCAUGGUCAUUUUAUUUUUUAUUUCUCUCAAUGUGAAUGAAGGAAAUGGCUAUAUUUAACGCUGUUGUAUGCUGUUGUGUUUUAGAGAAUCGAGCCAGCUCAUACAAAUCUUUUUACAUGUAGAGGUCUGAUCUGAUCCAUCUCAGUGUUUUUUAGACUGGUGCAGGUAAGGCAAUGUUCAUUUAAUGCUACACAUACAGUGAGCUACACGUGUCACUGCCUUGUUAAACUCACCAAGGAAAAGUUGUUCGUGAGCUUCUCAUUUUGGGAAGCAUAGAAGAUGAAAAUAAAAGUGUUUUGAAAGGUUAA